AUGAAGAUAACUAUGAGACCAAGUGACAGCUAUUUGAAUGAGGGCGACGAGAAAGCCUAUCAUAUCAGGCCCGCAAGUGACACCCGUUGGAGUGAAGGGACAGACAGUCGACGGAGUAGCGAAGAAGCCCAGGCUGGAGUCAAGCGCAUCGAAGCUGUGAGCAAAAGCUGGACUUUGACUAGCUUGGUCAUAGCCUAUGUUACGCUUAUGCUCAUUGCGAACAUCACAUCUUUGGAGAUUCAAGUUACCAGCAAUCUUACGGCGUUCGCGACUAGUGCGUUCCAAUCGCACUCGUUGGUAUCAACAAUCGCUGUGGUACAAGGGGUCGUUAGUGCUGUCAUCAAGCCGCCCAUGGGCAAAAUCGCAGAUGUGUUUGGCCGUCUUGAAUCUUUCACCAUCACAAUAUUCCUUUACACACUCGGCUACAUUCAACAAGCUGCAUCAAAUAACGUCCAGACCUACGCAGGCGCGCAGAUUUUCUGGGCCGCAGGAUUCAAUGGCCUUCAGGUCUUGCAACAGAUCUUCGUUGCCGACACGACGGAUCUGCUCAAUCGCGCCCUUUUUUCGACCAUCUUCGACCUGCCUUUUCUUUGGACAACAUGGGCAGGACCCGAGCUUGCGGCGAGGAUCCUCGAUGGUACGAGCUGGCGUUGGGGAUAUGGUAUAUGGGCCAUCAUUCUUCCCGUUUUCUUUGUACCUCUCGCCGUGAGCUUAUUCCUGAACCAGCGGCGCGCGAAGAAGCUCGGUCUGGACUUUCCAAGUCCCUUCAGGGGCCGAACGAUCGGUGCAAUCUUUAAAAACCUCUGGUACGACUUGGAUGUCUUCGGCCUCCUUCUGUUAGCGGCAGGAAUCUCGCUGGUUUUACUACCACUUACGCUUGCUCCAAAUGCAAGUGGGCAUUGGCGGAACACCAGCAUGAUUGCUAUGCUCGUCAUAGGUGGUGUCAUCUGCAUCAUUUUCCCUUUUUGGGAAACGAGUUCAAAGCUUGCGCCGACGGCGUUCUUCCCUCCUAAUCUUUUCAAAAAUAGGACAGUUGUGGCUGGUAGUGCAAUUGCCUUUUUCUACUUCAUGGCAUUCUAUAUGAGCGUCUUUCCAUACUUCUUCUCGUACCUGCUCAUUGUACAGUCGAAAUCGAUUGUGACAGCGGGCUAUAUCACACGUGUCUUCACGUUCACAUCGACCAUAGCAUCUAUCGUGGUCUCCCUGAUGAUCAAGUAUACUGGACAUUACAAGUAUUUUGUUACGGCUGGAGCAUGUGUCUAUAUUAUGGGCUUCGGGCUUAUGAUCGCUUAUCGCACUGAAGGUGCAUCGACCUGGGCUAUUAUCGGCACCCAAAUUGCCGUCGGUAUUGGCGGGGGGUUUCUCAAUGUCCCAGUACAGCUUGGUGUUCAGGCAUCUGCAUCGCAUCAGCAGGUAGCUGCUGCGACAACAGUUUGGCUUACUAUCCUCGAAGUUGGUGGCGCCGUCGGUGCAGCGGUCUCCGGAGCAAUCUGGAGCUCGUAUGUUCCAUCAAAACUUCAGCAAUAUCUACCACCAGAUCUCGCAGCUGGUUACGCAACAAUCUAUGGAGACGUCACCGUUGCGUCCAACUAUACGCUGUAUCCCGCAGGCUCGCCUGCACGUAUAGCCAUCAACCAGGCUUACCAAGAAACGAUGCGCUACCUGCUCAUCGGCGCAAUGUGUGCCGCUGUACCAAUUCUGCCGCUUACCUUCUGCUUAAAGAAUUACAAGCUUGAUCAGAUGGAGCAGCCAGUGGAAGGGCGAGUCAUUGGCAGUACGCGGAAACGCGAAACGAGCCGUGGUUGGGGUCUGGGAGCGCAGAUCUAG